AGUGCUAGAGAAGGAAUGGAGAAGUCUGUAUUUCAAAUGGAAGCAGAAAGCCAGGAGAGAAAGCAAUCAAAUGAUCAGAGUCAGAAAAGCUCAUCUUCUAUUGAUGCUGUAACGCAAGACUUUCUUGCCCCAAAAGUGAAAACAAGGAAAAAAGAUUUUGGAAAAAGUAUGAAGGAAAUCAAAGCUAAAUUAAAUGGUAAUGAACACUAUCCAGUCCAAAACACAAGAGAAGAUGCUAUAAGAAGACAUAAUGGAAAAAAUUACACUUUCAUGCUUUCUCCUGGAAAUGGAUCCCUUACAUCUCAAAAAGGGAUCCAUGCAGAAAAGAAGCCUUAUAAAUAUGUGGAAUGUGGAAAGAGUUUUAAAAAUAAUGGCCAAUUUACUUCCCAUAAAAGGAUUCACACAGAGGAGAAGCCAUACAAAUGCAGAGAAUGUGGAAAGAGGUUCAGAGGAUGUAGCAAUCUUAUUUCUCAUAUAAAGAUCCACAUAGGAGAGAAGCCCUAUAAAUGCAUGGAGUGCGGAAAGAGCUUCACUUAUAGUAAUUCUCUUGCUUCCCAUUACUGGAUCCACACAGGGGAGAAGCCACAUAAAUGUGUGGAGUGUGGAAAGGACUUUAUUCGUAAAAGUAAUCUUGAUGUGCAUAAAAGGAUCCACACAGGAGAGAAGCCAUAUAAAUGUCUGGAGUGUGGAAAGAAUUUUGCUAUUAAAAGUAAUCUUACUCGCCAUAACAGGAUGCACACUGGGGAGAAGCCAUACAAAUGCAGAGAAUGUGGGAAGAGUUUCCAUGAAAAUGGAUCACUUAUGUUGCAUAAAAGGACCCACACAGGAGAAAAACCACAUAAAUGUCUGGAGUGUGGAAAGAAUUUUGCUAAUAAAAGUAAUCUUACUCGCCAUAACAGGAGGCACACUGGGGAGAAGCUAUACAAAUGCAGAGAAUGUGGAAAGAGUUUCCAUGAAAAUGGAUCACUUAUGUUACAUAAAAAAACCCACACAGGAGAAAAACCACAUAAAUGCAUGGAGUGUGGAAAGUCCUUUACUCUGCGCCGUUGUCUUACUUCCCAUAAAAGAAUCCACACGGGAGAGAAAUCAUAUAAAUAUCUGGAAUGUGGAAAGAGCUUUAUUGAUAGACGUCGUCUUACUUGCCAUUUAAAGAUCCACGCAGGGAAGAAGCCACAAGAAUAUCUGGAGUGUGGAAAGAGCUUUGCUAUUAAAAAUGAUAAUAAGCAAGAAAGUCAAGAUUCCUGUGAACUGUUUCAAGUGAUCGAUGCUGGAGAAGGAAUGGAGAAGUCUGCAAUUCAAAUGGAAGCAGAAAGCCAGGAGAGAAAGCAAUCAAAUAAUCAGAGUCAGGAAAGCUCAUCUUCCAUUGAUGCUGUAACGGAAGACUUUCUUGCUCCAAAAGUGAAAACAAGGAAAAAAGAUUUUGGGAAAAGUAUGAAGCAAAUCAAAGCUAAAUUACAUGGAAAUGAACACUGUCCAAUCCAAAACAAAGGAGAAGAUGUUAUAAGAAGACAUAACAGAAAAAAUUACACUUCCAUGCUUUCUCCUGGAAAUAGGUCCCUUACAUCUCAAAAAGGGAUCCAAGCAGAAGAGAAGCUUUAUAAACGUGUAGAAUGUGAAAAGAACUUUAGAAAUAUUAACCAACUCCAUGAAAUGAUUGAUACAAAGCAGAAGGCAUUUAAAUGUACACAAUGUGGAAAGAGCUUUCAAAUGAAUUGUGAUCUUGCCAUCCAUAAAAGAAUCCACGCAGGGGAGAAACCAUAUAAAUGUCUGGAGUGUGGAAAGAACUUUGCUGUUAAAAGUAGUUUUACUUCUCAUUAUUGGAUCCACACAGGGGAGAAGCCACAUAAAUGUGUGGAGUGUGGAAAGGGCUUUGCUCGUAAAAGUAAUCUUACUCGCCAUAACAAAAUCCACACUGGGGAGAAGCCUUACAAAUGCAUGGAGUGUGGAAAGAGCUUCAGUCGGAGUGAUUGUCUUACUUCUCAUAAAAGGAUUCACACGGGACAUGCCAUAUAAAUUCGUUGAAUGUGGAAAGGGUUUCUACAAAAAUCGAUCACUUGUGUUCCAUAAAAGGAUCCACACAGUAGAAGAGCCUUAUAAAAGCAUGGAGUUUAGAAAGACUUUUACCCAAGACAGCCAUCUUACUUCCCACACAAGGAUCCACAUGGGAGAAGGUGUAAAAAUGUAUAGCAUGUAGAAAGGGCUUCAGCCAUAAUAGUUCCCUUAUAUAUCGUAAAAGGGUCUAUACAAAACAGAAAUUAUAUGAGUAACUUGGAAAGAGCUUGAGGAAAGUAAUGACCUAAUUUUUCAAUAAACAUAUAUUUGGGUGAGAAUCCAUAUACACUUUCAUAUAUGUAUGUAAUGGAACGAACUUCCCCCCGGUUUACGCCAAUUGCCUGACCGUCGGACCUUUCGCCGGGAACUGAAAACUUAUUUAUUUAUCCAAGCGGGACUGGCCUGAUUUUUAAAUUCUAAAUUUUUAAUUUUUAAUUGUAAUUUUACUGGGUAUUUUAUAUGGUCAAUUGGACGGUUUUAAUUUCGGCCUUUUAUUGAAUAAGCUUUUUAAUUGUUAUUUUAAUAUGUAUAUUAAUUGUUUUAAAUGAAGGCUGUACACCACCCUGAGUCCUUCGGGAGAAGGGCGGUAUAAAAGUUUAAUUAAAUAAAUAAAAUAAAUAAAAAAAUAAAUAAAUAAUGAUUUAGGGAAGGUUUUUAAAAAAGAGCCAAACCCUCUCAAGUGAUAUUCUGCAAUCUUGCUUGGGUUUUUUAGAGGAGUGAGUAGCCAGGAGGUUGGUUAGGGCUCCAAAGGCCCUCUCCUACCUUUUAAUUGUUUAUUGUCAAAUUUUAAUGAUCCUUGCUUCUAUUUUAAAUAUGUUUUAACUUUUAUGUUUUUAACAUUCUGUCUAACACCACCCAGAGUCCAUUGGUGAGAGAGAUGGGUAGUUUCUAAAGUGUGUGUGUAAGAGAGACAGAGUGAGAAACAGAGACAGAUAUAAAGACAGAUUGAUAGAUACAUGAUACAGAUGAUAGAGAUAGAUUACAUAGGAUGGAUAGUUACAUAGAUAUACAUAAUAAUGAUACAUAGACAAAUAUGGAUUGAUAUAUUAGAUGAUAGACAAUAGGUAGACUGAUAGAUGAUAGAUUGAUAGAGUUGAUGGCUAGAUAGAUCAAUAGAUAGACAAGACAGACAAAUACCUGGAUAGGGAUAGAUGAUGCAUAUAUAAAUACUGAUAGAUCAACAAAUACAUGGCUAGAGAUAGAUGAUACAUAGAUAGAUAAAUACAUGUAGAGUGCAAGGUCCUGCCUCUACUCCCCAAAUCAAGAACGUUUGGAUUCUUUUUUUUUAUUAAAAAAGUUUUACAAUAAAUUUUUUUUAACAAUUAUCUUCCACCCUCCACCCUCCCUUCCCCCCCCCCAGGAGACUUCCCAGAGCAAAAUACAGGGUAUAGCAUCUAACAAACACGCUAAAAUACUACAAUACUAAAUACUACAAUACUAAAAUACUACAUCUCCCCCAUUGCUCCCUUAACUCCCCUUUCCCUUUUAAACAAAUACACAGAUACCAUACUUUUCCCACAAUCACUCACAAGCUAUUUGAUACUUUCUAGUCUGAUACUUAUUUUGAAUAUAUUCAAUCCAUUUUCUCCCUUCUACUAUAUAUCAUUCUUGUGAAUAAUCCUUCAGAUACGCAGAAAUUUUUGCCAUUUCUGCCAAAUUUGAAACUUUGAGUGUCCAUUCUUCAAUUAUAGGCAAUUCUUCUUUCUUUCAAUAUUGUCUUGCUGCUGAUAUUAAGUUCAAUAUUAAUUUAGUCUCUAUUACUGUACAAUCCGUAAUUAUACCUAAUAAAAACAAUUGUGGAGUAAACUUUAUCUUCUUUUUCAAGAUAUUCUGCAUAAUCCACCAUAUUUUAAUCCAAUACGGUUUGAUUUUUUUACAAAUCCACCAUAUAUGAUAAUAAGUAGCAUCAUCACUAUCACAUCUCCAACAUUUAGGUUAUAUAUUUGGAUACAUACAUGCCAACUUUUUAGGGUCUAAAUGCCAUCUGUAAAACAUUUUAUAAAAAUUUUCUCUUAGAUUUUGUGCUUGAGUAAAUUUAACAUUCCUAACCCAAAUUUUCUCCCACGUUUCCAUCAUUAUAGGUUGUUGAAUAUUUUGUGCCCAUUUUAUCAUACAAUCCUUGACUAAUUCCGUUUCUGAAUCUAUUUCUAUCAAUACAUUGUAUAACCUUCUAAUAUGCAUUUGACCUUGAUCUCUAAUUUGUUUUACCAAAUUUUCCUCAGCGCAAUACCAAUUUUCUGAUCAAUACUCCAUCUAGAUUGCAAUUGUCCAUACUGAAACCAUGUAUAAUUUUUCCCUUCUUGUUUCAAUGUAUUCAAAGAUUUCAAUUGUAAUUUACCCUUUUCUACAAGAAGUAGCUCUUUAUAAGCAAUUCUCUCUUGUUUUUGUUCUAUAUUUAUAUUCUCUAUCGCAUGUCUAGGGAUUGCCCAUAUAGGUAUUUUAUUAUCUAACUUAUAUUGAUACUUUUUCCAGACCCUUAACAAAGCAUUCCUGAGAAUAUGGCUUUUAAAAAUAUUAUCUAUUUUCUUAUCAUAUACUAGAUAAGCAUGCCAUCCAUAUAACAAAUCAUGACCUUCUAUAUUCAAAAUUCUUUCUUCUGUUAAAUUAAACCAAUCACUAAUCAAUGACAAAAUAACUGCUUCAUAAUAUAAUUUCAAAUUAGGCAUUUUUAAACCCCCUCUUUCACGAAUAUCCUGCAUUAUUUUUAACUUUAUUCUCGGUUUUUUACCCAUCCAAAUAAAGUUGCUAAUCCCUCUGCCACUCCUGCAAAUUUACAUCCUUUUUAAGUACUGGUAUCAUCUGGAACAAAAAUAAAAACCUAGGCAAAACAUUCAUUUUUAUUGCUGCUAUUCUCCCCAGCAAAGAUAAUUGUAAUUUCUUCCAGUUCUCCAUUUUCUUCUGUACCUUCUGCCAUAACACCUCAUAAUUGUUGUUAUAUAAUUUCAUAUUUGAGGCUGUAAUAUAUACUCCUAAAUACUUAACUUUUUAAACUAUUUCAUAUCCAGUAACUCUUUCUAAUUCUUCUUUUUGUUGUAUAUUCAUAUUUUUAGUUAUCGUCUUUGUCUUUUGUUAACUUUAAAGCCAGAUACCUUACCAUAUUGAUCAAUUAUAUCUUUCAAAUAUAUAGCUGACUGAGUAGGUUGAGAUAAGGUAACAACCAGGUCAUCCGCAAAUGCUCUUAAUCUAUAAUCUUGCUGUUUAAUUUUUAUUCCCAUUAUUUGAUUUGAACCCUGUAUUUUAUUUAAUAAAAUUUCUAAAGUUAAUAUAAACAGUAAUGGAGACAAGGGACAUCCUUGUCUCGUUCCUUUUUCAAUUCUAAAAGAUUCUGUUAAUCUAUCAUUAAUUAUUAUCUGUGCUGUUUGCCUCUGAUAUAUUGCUUUAAUUGCUUGUAUAAAAUAAUCUCCAAACUGCAUCUUUUCUAUAACUUUAAAUAAAAAUAG